CUCUACCCGUUCACGUCUCGUAAGGUGGCGACUCAGCUUGCCGUCCCGCUUUUGUAGGCGGAAUGUCCGUCUCUUCCUCUCUGUGUGUGUGUGUGCCGUGUGUGUGUGCCAUGUGUCUCCAUAUGGCGUCCUGUUAAACCAUAAGCGAACUCGAUGCACGGAUGCUUCAUGUUUUGUAGUUGUUGGAAAAAAAAAAAAAAAAAAAAGCAGAAUCCCUUCAUCAGAUUUAGAGAUCUUUGCUUUUGGUGAACCUUUGUUCACAGGAGGAAAGGUUGUCUAGCUCAUAACACAACUUACCAUGAAGACCUGUCCUUAUUACAGCUCACUCAGAAGCCAAGUCCCUUUCAGUAGAAGGACCUUCUAGUGCUUCAUAGAGGGAAUGUGUUUUCUCUUGUGUCCACUUCCCUCAGUGCGGCCUAUUUUCUUUAUUCAUCUGCAAGUAAAUAAUAGAAAUACUGCUGCACAUGUCUGCAGACAUGGACUGUAUUCUACUUCCACAUGCUGAAAACACACAAAACAAAGACAUACAUGGUCUGAUGGUCCAUGUAACAUGACAGCAAUCUAUCACAACAGCUUUGGUGACCCAGUAGCAGGAAGCAGAGUGGCUGUGAGCUCUCUCACUUACAAAACCACCCGUGUGUGUGUGUGUGUGUGUGUGUGUGUGUGUGUGUGUGUACAAAGUGCAUGACGCCUCAGCCUCUAUCUGGCAAUGAGCAGAACAGGAAGCAGCGAGGUGGGGCUCGCUCUGUGCUGUUCUCUCUUCCUCUCCUCCACCUCGUUCACUCGCUCCGGUUUCAGACCGCCUUUUUGAUUCCCGGCGGAGAAGGACAUCCUGGAUUUUGAGGAGGCAGGAAAAAGCGCUCGGUGUUGCCCUGAUUGGCGCUGCCAUCGGUGCCGAGUGUUGUGACAGGAGAGAACGGGGGGGGGACCCGGAGCGAAGCCAGAAGGAGGCCAAACAUGGCCAGUGAGGACACACUGGAGGACCUGCCGGGGGACCAACCGGUGGACUCCCCGAUACACACUGAGCAGAGUGACACAGAGUCUUGGAGCGAUCCGGGCGGGCUGCCGGUGCUCCAGCAGCUCGGCCUGGACCAGAACUCUGACUUCUCAGACUCCAGCGUUCAGCAGUGCCUGGACGAGCACCGCGAGAGGAUCCGCAGGGAGAUCCGCAAGGAGCUGAAGAUCAAGGAGGGCGCGGAGAACCUGCGCAGGGCCACCACCGACAAGAGGAAUGCCCAGCAGGUGGACUCACAGAUCCGCAGCUCCAAGCGCAAGCUGGAGUCCCUCCAGGCCCAGCUGCAGGAGCUGGACGCACACAUUGUGGUCAAAGGCCCCGAUGACAACAAAGAUACCCCCAGGUCUCCGGGGUCUUUCAAUCGGAUGUCGGCCAACCAGCACCGCAUCGCAGCUUUGGAGCGGCAGCUAAACAUCGAGCUGAAGGUCAAACAAGGAGCCGAGAACAUGAUUCCGAUCUAUGCCAACGGAGGUAACAAGGACAAGAAGCUGCUCCAGACGGCUCAGCAGAUGCUGCAGGACAGCAAGACAAAGAUCGACAUCAUCCGCAUGCAGAUCCGAAAGGCCAUGCAGGCCACGGAGCAGUCUGAGGACAACCAAAGUAAGCCGGACAUGUGCGGGAUGGAGCUGCGCGUGGAGGAGCUGUGGCACCACUACCGGGUGGAGCACGCCAUGGCCGAGGGGGCCAAGAACAUGCUGCGACUGCUCGGCGCAGGAAAGGUCCAAGACAAGAAGGCCAUGGCCGAGGCUCAGUGCGGUCUGAGCGAGUCGUCCCAGCGCCUGGACCUGCUCCGGUGCUCUCUGGAGCAGAGGCUGCAGGAGCUGCCCGAGGACCAUCCCAAGGCCUGCCUCAUCAAGGAGGAGCUGGUGCUGGCCACCUCCUCGGCCUUCAGCUCCCGCCACAGCACCCCCUACGUCCACAACCAGUACAGCACCAUGAGCAAACCGUCCCCACUCACAGGUACUCUGCAGGUGCAUCUGCUGGGCUGUGUGGGGCUGCUGGAGGUCGUCCCAGGGCGGAACAGAGGCACCCCGCUGGUUCUUCCCUCUUACUCUCUGGGAGACGGACGCCCCUCGUUCAAACUGAGCGGCCUCUACAGCCGCAGCACCAGCAGCAUGAGCCUGAAGAUCCCCGGCAAGAACGACGAGCUCUCCUCGGAGGUGAGCGCAGUGCUGAAGCUGGAGAACACAGUGGUGGGCCAGACGGUGUGGAAGACAGUUGGAGAGCAGACCUGGGACCAGACGUUCAUUGUGGACCUGGAGAGAUCCCGGGAGAUGGAGAUUGCAGUGUACUGGAGAGAUUACCGCUCCCUGUGCGCUCUGAAGUACCUGAAGCUGGAGGAGUUCCUGGACAACCAAACACACCGAGUCCAGCUGGAACUGGAGCCACAGGGGCUGCUGCUGGCUGAGGUGAUUUUCUUCAACCCUGUGAUCGAGAGAGGCCGAAGACUCCAGAGGCAGAAGAAAGUCUUCUCUAAACAGCACGGGAAGGCCUUCCUGCGUGCUCGUCAGAUGAACGUGGACGUCGCUACCUGGGUCCGCCUGCUGAGGAACGCCAUCCCCAGUGGAAGCAACACACCCGCCUACACUCCCAGUUUCACGGGCAACACGCUCACACAGAGCACUGGAGAAAUCUCAGUGGAGAAGCUGAAUCUGGGCAGCGACUCUCCUCCCAAAACUGAAAUCCGGAGAGACGUGGUGGACACAGCCGCUCCCUUGGAACAGACGCCGGUCAUUGAGCCCCCGUCCACGCCGGAUGUCCCUGUUCCCGAGCAGCCAACCAGAUCUCUGUCCCAGAACUCUUUACGCAGACCAAGCAGAGGCCCUCUAUGCCUCCAGGACUUCAAACUGAUAGCAGUGCUCGGCAGGGGCCACUUUGGGAAGGUGUUGCUGUCGGAGUACAAAAGGACAAGCAGCCUGUACGCCAUCAAAGCCCUGAAGAAGGGCGACAUCGUGGCGAGGGAUGAAGUGGAAAGUCUGAUGUGCGAGAAGCGGAUCUUUGAGACCGUCAACGGCUCGCACCACCCAUUCCUGGUCAACCUGUUCGCAUGUUUCCAGACGCCAGAGCAUGUGUGCUUCGUCAUGGAGUACACGGCGGGAGGGGACCUCAUGAUGCACAUACACGCAGACGUCUUUUCUGAGCCACGUGCUGUGUUCUACUCAGCUUGUGUGGUCUUGGGUCUGCAGUUCCUUCACGACCAUAAGAUUGUGUAUCGGGAUCUGAAAUUGGACAACCUGCUGCUGGACACGGAGGGCUUCGUGAAGAUAGCUGACUUUGGGCUCUGUAAAGAAGGCAUGGGGUAUGGGGACAGGACCAGCACAUUCUGUGGGACUCCUGAGUUUCUGGCCCCGGAGGUGCUGACGGACACGUCGUAUACCAGAGCAGUGGACUGGUGGGGGCUCGGGGUGCUCGUCUACGAGAUGUUGGUCGGUGAGUCUCCGUUCCCAGGCGACGAUGAGGAGGAGGUCUUCGACAGCAUAGUGAACGACGAAGUGCGCUACCCUCGCUUCCUCUCCACUGAAGCCAUCGGCAUCAUGAGACGGUUGCUGAGGAGGAAUCCAGAAAGACGUCUGGGCUCUGGAGAGAAGGACGCCGAAGAUGUGAAAAAACAGCCGUUCUUCCGGGGUGUGGACUGGGAGGACCUUCUUCAGAGGAAGGCCCCGCCCCCGUUCGUCCCGACCAUCGGAGCAAAAGAAGACGUCAGCAACUUUGACGUGGAGUUCACCGCCGAGGCUCCCGCCCUCACGCCGCCCCGCGAGCGCCGCACCCUCUCCCGCAAGGAACAGGACCACUUCAAGGAUUUUGACUAUGUCUCCGACCUCUGCUAGGGUCAGGGGUCACAGUGGUCGUUAGCGGCCAGACUCUGAGAGGAGGCCGAGAAGCGAAGGCUGACUCUCUGUCCCGCACAGAGAGAGAGAGGAACUUGAAGGCGUGACGAGAGACUAAUCCCCUCUUCCUCUCCACGUCUGUCUCUUUGCGACGGGACGAAGAGCCGGACGGGCCGAUGAGCGGGUAUCAGCGGAGUCGGAUCGCGUGUCGCACACAUACGCGGUGUCACGGAUCUGCUGACCUCUAGAGGUCUGCAGAUCCGUGACACCGCGUGGCUUUUAGAGGAGGAGGAAGCAGUGAUGAAGAUAAUCCAGAUUAUGUAACAGAUGGAAAAUGAGAUGACGGAUCCUGCCGUCUGUCCGACACGGUGGAGCACACUGAAACGCUCAGCGAAUCCCAGAGUCACAGAGUCAAAAGUGAUUCUUCUGACAGGAAGCAGUUUGUCUCUUUCUCUGUCCUGCCCUCGUCUCUUGUCCCUUCACCUCUGCUGUUCUUGUUGCUGCUAAGUGUGUGUUUCAUUGUGUUCGGUGUCCCUGCCUCCGUCAUGAAUGUAUCCACAUUGGCUGCAAUCAUGCACCACCUGUACAUUUACACAUGGGGGAGCCAGAGGAAGGAGGGAAUUCAGAGCUGCUGCCUGUUGAUGGUGUCACAGAAACAAAGUGGAGCAGGUGGGGGUUCUACCAGAGAGGGAGGGGAGCCGUUAGUGUGCUCAAUCUUAUGUAUCGUCUUUCGGUACAACACAGAUUUUUAACUACAAUCAUUUCUCAAUGACAAAAAAAGCUUUUACAGAUGUUUGUUCUUUUUGUGAUUUAUGU